AUGGCGGAAGAAAUAUCAGCUCCGCCGCAAGGGGGAGAGAGGGGGAGCGCGCAGGAGGGGGCGAACGUGCAGGGGGAAGCGCCCGCACAGGGGGAAACGGGGAAAAAGGGAGAAGCUGGGGGAGCGGAGCUGAUGGACACCAGCGGUGCGCCGAAGCAGGGGCUGUCGCUCCUUCUGGCGUCAGCGGAGCUCAUCAGCCAAGGCGCAGAAGCUAGAGUGUUCGCAGCAACGUUCUGCGGGCGGCCGGCGAUACUGAAGCAGCGCUUUGAGAAGAAGUACCGCCACCCCACGCUGGACGCGCGACUCACCUCCAAGCGCCUGCACACGGAGGCGAGGAACAUGGUGCGGGCGGCGAAGCUCGGAGUAGCAGUGCCGGUGCUGUACGGUGUGGAGGAGGGGGAGCGGUGCAUCGUGAUGCAACGAGUGGCGGGCCACAGCGUUAAAGACCUCUUCCUCUCCCUCGCGCACCACUCCCCCCCUGCUGCUGCUGCUGCUGCUGCUGCCGCCAAUACCAGCACAGAACCAGCUACGAGCAUAUGCACAGGCACAGACACUGGGGCAGGCACAGGCGAGGAAACACCCAUGGGUGCGGGCAAGGGAAGGGGCAGCGGCAGUGACAGUGGCAUGGGUGGGGGGCUACACCCGCGUGUGGCGGAGGUGGCGGCAUGGAUGGGCGAGGCGAUUGCAAAGCUGCACGAUGGGGGCAUGGUGCAUGGCGACCUCACCACCUCCAACAUGCUGCUCUCGCCCCUCCCUGCUGCCGCUGCCAUUCGCGCUGCUGCUGGAUCCAGUGCAGCUGUAAUAAGAGCAGGGGCAGUAGCAGGAACUUCAGCAGCAGUGUCAUCCGAAGCAGCAGCACGGUCGGCUGCAGCAGCGGGGGCGGCUGCAGCAGCAGUGGGGGUAGUAGGGGCGGAUAGGGAGCGCGUGGUGGUGAUAGACUUUGGGCUGAGCUUCAACUCCACCAUUGCGGAGGACAAGGCUGUCGACCUCUACGUGCUUGAGCGGGCACUCAUCUCCUUGCACUCCAGCAACGGGGAUAUUAUGUCGGCGGUGCUGACAUCAUAUCGUCACCAUUCACGGUUCUGGAGCGCCACACUGAACAAGCUGGGGCAAGUUCGACUACGAGGGAGGAAAAGAGCCAUGGUUGGCCACGUGGCAGCGCGACAGCGGGAGCUGUACCGCGCCGCGCAUCUUGCGGCACCAGCCGCUGCUGCCGCCGUUGCGCUGCUGCGACAUACCCAGCUGCUCGCGCCGCGAUCCCCUUCCGUGCCGAGAGAUGCGGCGCCGUUAGCUGCUCUUGCCGAAUCGAGCGCGAUUAACGGCGCGACCAACGGCGCAAUCAACGGCGCAAUUAACGGCGCAGUGAGCAGCCCGAUCGACGGGUCCAUUAGAAGAUUGUUUUCAAGCUUAGCUCCGAGGCGCGCUUUCUCUCCUACCAUCUCCCACCACAAACCUUCCUCCACGUCAUCAUCCACGUCAUUCUCGUCUCUGAUUGGUCCCAGCAAUCGCCCCUUCCACAGUGGAAUCCCCACCGCUCGCAAUGGCUGGGGCUUCGGAUCUGAGGACACGUGGCAAAAUCUGGGAGCAUCUUCAGCCUCGCUGACCAAUUGGGGCGUGCGGAUCGUGCCCGAGAAAAGCGCUUACGUUAUAGAGCGAUUCGGAAAGUACUACAAGACUUUAGGUUCCGGAAUCCAUCUCUUAAUACCGUUAGUAGACCGAAUCGCGUACGUGCACUCGCUGAAAGAGGAGGCGAUCCCGAUUCCGAACCAAUCAGCAAUCACCAAGGAUAACGUCAGCAUCCAGAUCGACGGUGUUCUUUACGUCCGGAUCGUGGAUCCGGUGCAGGCAUCGUACGGUGUGGAGCGGCCGCUGUACGCAGUGGUGCAGCUGGCCCAGACGACCAUGCGCAGCGAGCUGGGGAAGAUCACUCUCGACAACACAUUUGAAGAACGCGAUAUUCUCAACACCAAUAUUGUGAGGGCGAUCAAUGAAGCGGGGCAGGCAUGGGGCAUUGAGUGCCUGAGAUACGAGAUCCGUGACAUCUCGCCCCCACCUGGCGUGCGGGCAGCCAUGGAGAUGCAGGCUGAGGCAGAGAGGCGGAGGCGUGCACAAGUGCUCGAGUCAGAGGGUGACCGCCAGGCGAACAUAAACAUGGCAGAGGGGCGCAAGACGGCAGUCAUCCUCGAAUCAGAGGCCGCCAUGUCAGACCAGAUGAACCGAGCCAAGGGAGAGGCGGAGGCAAUAGUGGCAAGGGCGAGGGCAUCAGCGGAGGGAAUCGCCAUGCUGUCUAGAGCGCUCAUGGCUGAAGGGGCAAGCCAGGCUGCAAGCCUGCGAGUGGCAGAGCAGUACGUGGCAGCUCUGGCGAAUCUGGCGAAGCAGGGAACAACAGUGCUGCUGCCGAGCAACGUGGGCGACCCCUCGUCCAUGGUAGCGCAAGCACUCGCUAUCUAUAAGACCGUGUCCGGUUCCCCUACAGGUGUGACUGUACCGAGCGCCCCUACGGAUGUGACUGUACCGGGUGAUACUGUAACAGGUGCAGCAGCAGCAACCACUGGUGCAAGUGAGCUGAGGAAAGCUGGAAAUGUGGGGUCACAGGAGAGGGAUAGAGAGGUGGGGGCUGCAAGCAGGACGAGUGGCAGCGAAACGGUGAAUGCUGGUGGUGGUGGUGGUUUUUUCGGUGGUGGUGAUGAUGCUGGUGGGUCUGGCAGAAAAGGGACUGGCUUCUCAUUGCAAGCACCACGAAGGUGA